AUGGACCAUGAUAAAAAGAAACUUAUUUCUUCACCAGAAGGAUAUUUUAGAAGAAGGAGCUCAGCAUCAGUUACACGAUCUAGCUUUACAACCCUGGAUCAUAUGCGUUCUGCAUGGAACCAGAUAAAAUAUGGUUGGUCUCUUCAACUAUGGCCUAAUUUUGAUCGUAACUCCAUCAUAUACAUGCUUGGUAGAUCCUACUUUGACGCCGCGCCAGAUAGUCUUCGAAACAUUCCACAGGAUAUAAAUGCGGAUGGAACUUUCUCAGAUUUUACUAUUGACUUUGCAAGUAGGUUAUGGUUCACUUACCGAGAUAACUUUGCUCCUCUGCUGAGAAGUUCUUCAAACCAUUCCAUCGCUCAUACAACUGAUGUAUCUAGUGCUCUACUGACUUCUGUUUGGAGACCAGUUUCAUGUGACUGUGAAGCCAUUGAAUCUGACGUCCAUCUUUUCAAAGCAACAUCAACAGCUAACGACAGAAAUCAAGAAUUUGUUUCACUUCCUACAUAUCGAAUUCGAUCAAUACCUACAAAAGCUUCAAAUUCAUUUGUGCCUCUUUCUGUCCAAACAUCUGACUGUGGAUGGGGAUGUAUGUUUCGGUGUGGACAGAUGUUACUUGCUCAAGCUCUGGUUGUACAUUUUCUAGGCAGAGACUGGAGGUUGAACAAGAGUAAAAAUGUCACUAUUUCUGGGAGUUCAGAUUUCAAUCUUCAAAUUAUCAGAUGGUUCAAUGAUUCUUGGUCUCCAUCUUCACCUUUAUCCUUGCACCGUUUACUCCACGUAAGUGGCAAAAAGCCAGGCGAAUGGUGCGGACCAGCUUCAGUAUGUACAGCAAUCUUACGUGUUAUGGCUAAAGGAAGUAUUUUGGAAAAACGUCUGAGCCAAGUGGAAGUAUACUUAGCCCGCGACAGGGUUAUUUACCGUGAGGAAAUUAUGGAUCUUGCAAGAGGUUCGUACACAACGGAUAAAUAUCGCACCAAAAUACACUUUACUGAUCAUACGGCCUUCUAUCGUUUACAGUCUGAUCAGACUAAGGGUUCACAAAUUACUGGAUCACCAGCUAUCCUUCUUCUAAUCCCUCUCAUGUUUGGCAAGGAGAACCGUAUCAACCCAUGUUAUUUACAGAUGAUAUUGCGCCUGUUUUCUGACCCAGCUUUCGUCGGACUGAUUGGUGGCCGUAAAAAACACUCCAGUUAUUACGUUGGUUGCCAAAAUGAUUCGUUAAUCCAUCUAGACCCACAUUUCACACAACCAGCACAAAGGUUAGAUUCAGCUGAAUUCUCGGUUGCCUCUUGGUACUGUCCUAUUCCAAAAAUCAUGAAUGCAACCAAACUUGAUCCUUGCUGUGCUGUUGGAUUCUACUGCAGAACCAGAGGUGAACUCAGCGACCUUAUGGACAGGCUACCUUUCUUAAUGUCGCCAAGUGAUAGCUCACAAACAACCUCACUUGAAAACCGAUCAGUUAGACGCUUUGUCGAAGUGUUAAGUCUCGACGAAUCAACCUCCGUAAAUCCUAUAGUACCAUAG